AUUUUGUCUAUACAGCAGAGAAACAGAUGCAUCUUUUUUCAUUUCCAUGUGAUUGUGUGAAUCACUAUUGUUUUAGUUGAACAUGUUUCAGUAGUUAGAACAUGAUAUUCUACAGGUGUGUAUGAGAAUGUAUUCUCAUGUCGCUGCCUUUCUAAUCUCCCCUGCAAAGUGAGGGAGUUCCAUCAUAAAAGGGGGAGGGCACUACAUAUAGUACAGCUGCAUACAAAUAUAAAGGCUAGUCCACCUAGGGAUUUCUUCACAGACGGCCGCAUGAUAAUCUCAAUCCGUGCCCAUUAGUGCACUGAGAGAGAAGAGGGUUCAACAGACAGAGCGAGGCAGAGACAUAAAAAGAGAGCAAGUGGGAGAGAACUUUAAAGGGAUUUGGCAUUGAUUUGUAGAAUCUCAGUGGCAUAAUAUGGUGUUUUUUCUACUUUUCCGUGAUUUAGACAAUGCUAUACACUAAAGCCUCGAAAGCCAAAAUGUUCGAUCUUUUUUUGCUAACUAAAAAAAAUGUUAUGUUAUUGAAGGAUUUGAGUCCAUUCCAGUUAUUUUUUAGAAAAUACAUAUAAUAUCUGGGAUGUUAAUGGAUUUACUUUUUGCUAAAACAAUGAAGAAUCUGGCACUGAACCUCAUCACAUAUUGAAUAUGGGAAUAGACCUGUUUGGGAGUGUUGGAGUGAUGGAUGAAAUCAAGACUGGUCCAAAUGGAAUGUUCAGGUAUCACAUGUAGAGGGAGAAGCCUGGUACUUUAACACUGGAUACAGGAACCUUUGGUGGCCAGAAUCAUGAUAUCACAGUGCCACACAUCACAGUUCUGCUGUCAAUUUGGUCCACGUUUUGGAUGCCAUGUAACUACAUUGCUCAGGUUACUGUGGAUGCUGUUUCUGGGUCUAAGUCCAUAUGCAUGGGCUCAGCAGGGCACACAACCACACUCCAUCAAGAUCAAAGGGGACAUCACCCUGGGUGGCCUGUUUCCAGUGCACUCCCGUGGGCCAGCCGGUGUGCCCUGUGGGGAGAUCAAGAGGGAGAAGGGGAUCCACCGAAUGGAGGCCAUGCUGUAUGCGCUGGAUCAGAUCAACAGUGACCCUGACCUCCUUCCUAACAUCACCCUGGGGGCCAUGGUCCUGGACACCUGCUCCAGAGACACCUACGCUCUGGAGCAGUCACUCACCUUCGUCCAGGCCCUCAUCCAGAAGGAUAACUCAGACGUGCGUUGCUCCAACAAUGAGCCACCCAUUAUUCGCAAACCAGAGAGGGUGGUGGGAGUAAUCGGAGCAUCAGGCAGCUCUGUGUCCAUCAUGGUGGCCAACGUGCUGAGACUCUUUGCGAUCCCCCAGAUUAGUUAUGCGUCCACGGCUCCAGAGCUGAGUGACAAAAGUCGUUAUGAGUUCUUCUCCCGCGUGGUCCCUCCUGACUCCUACCAGGCCCAGGCCAUGGUGGACAUCGUCAAGGCUAUGGGGUGGAACUAUGUAUCUACACUGGCCUCAGAAGGAAACUACGGUGAGAGCGGCGUCGAUGCCUUCCUCCAGAUUUCACGAGAGGCAGGAGGUUUAUGCAUCGGCCAAUCCAUCAAAAUCCCUCGAGAGCCGAAACCAGGUGGAUUUGAUAAGAUCAUCAAGAGACUAAUGGAGACCUCUAAUGCUCGUGGGGUCAUCAUCUUUGCCAAUGAGGACGACAUCAGACGUGUCUUGGAGGCAGCAAAGAGGGCUAACCUGACGGGUCACUUCCUGUUUGUGGGCUCUGACAGCUGGGGUGCCAAGAGCUCCCCCAUCCUGGACCAGGAGGAUGUGGCUGAGGGGGCUGUCACCAUCCUCCCCAAGAGGGCCUCCAUCGAUGGGUUCGACAACUACUUCACCUCGAGAUCGCUGAAAAACAACAGAAGGAACAUCUGGUUUGCAGAAUACUGGGAGGACGACUUCAAAUGUAAACUCACUCGACCAGGUAUCAAGUACGACCUUGGUAGAAGAAAAUGUACAGGGGAAGAGAGAAUCGCACAGGAAUCUCAGUACGAGCAGGAAGGGAAAGUACAGUUUGUGAUAGACGCGGUGUAUGCCAUGGCCCAUGCCUUACACAGCAUGCACCUGGACCUCUGUCCGGGCUUCAUGGGCAUCUGUGAGAAGAUGGACCCAGUGGAAGGGAGUCAGCUGCUCCAUUACAUUCGCUCAGUCAACUUUAAUGGCAGUGCAGGGACUGGGGUCAUGUUCAAUGAGAAUGGAGAUGCCCCUGGUCGCUAUGACAUCUUCCAGUUCCAACUUUCCAACACCACCAACCCCGGCUACCGGUGUAUUGGCCAGUGGACAAACAAUCUGCGACUCAAUGCUGAGGAGAUGCAGUGGUCGGGUGGGGACCGUGCAGUCCCUGACUCGGUGUGCAGUUUCCCCUGUGAGCUAGGAGAGAGGAAGAAGAUGGUGAAGGGUGUACCCUGUUGCUGGCACUGCGAACUGUGCGACGGAUAUCAAUACCAGCUGGAUGAGCUAAACUGUGACAUGUGUCCCUUCGAUAUGCGUCCCAUGCCAAACCGAACGGGCUGCCGGUCCACACCCAUCAUCAAACUGGAGUGGAGUUCCCCCUGGGCCAUCAUCCCUGUGUUCCUGGCUGUCCUGGGCAUCCUGGCCACCUCCGGAUGCAUCAUCACCUUCAUCCGCUUUAACGACACCCCCAUCGUCCGAGCCUCCGGUCGGGAGCUCAGCUACGUUCUCCUGACAGGCAUCUUCCUCAUCUACCUGAUCACCUUCCUCAUGAUCGCGGAGCCCAGUGCCCCAGUGUGUGCAUUCCGCAGGCUGCUGCUGGGCCUGGGCAUGUGUAUUACCUACUCAGCUAUGCUCACCAAGACCAACCGCAUUUACCGUAUUUUUGAGCAGGGCAAGAAAGCAGUCACGCCACCUCCAUUCAUCAGCCCUGCUUCUCAGCUGAUCAUCACCUUCAUACUCAUUGGAGUGCAGUUACUUGGCAUUUUCAUCUGGUUCGGAGUGGUGCCCCCACACACCAUCAUAGACUAUGAGGAGCAGCGUCCGCCCAACCCAGAGUUUGCACGUGGGGUCCUGAAAUGUGACAUGUCCGACCUGGCCCUGGUCCUCUGCUUGAGCUACAGUAUCGUGCUGAUGGUGACCUGCACUGUGUAUGCCAUCAAGAGCAGAGGGGUGCCAGAGACCUUCAACGAGGCCAAGCCCAUUGGCUUCACCAUGUACACCACCUGUAUCAUCUGGCUGGCCUUUGUGCCCAUCUUCUUUGGUACAGCACAGUCUACUGAGAAGAUGUUCAUCCAGACCACCACCCUGACGGUGUCCAUGAGCCUGAGUGCCACUGUGUCCCUGGGCAUGUUGUACGUCCCUAAGGUCUAUGUCAUCAUCUUCCAACCGGAGCAGAACGUACAGAAACGCAAGCGCAGCUCCAAGGCUGUGGCUUCCACAGUGACCUCACAACUCUCCCAGAAAGACGACAAGCAGAACGGAGAGUCCAAAAGUAGUGCCAUAGUGCCUGACCGAUCACAAUAAUCCAGCAGGAAACCAGAGAUGAAUACGACACCUGGCACCUAACAGACGACAGCUUAUAAUGGUCUCCCUUGGCAAAGCACUCCCUCACAUGCAGAGAGGGGGCUCCCGAGUGGCGCAGCGGUCUAAGGCAUCACUACAGACCCUGGUUCGAUUCCAGGCUGUAUCACAACUGGCUGUGAUUGGGAGUCCCAUAGGGCGGCGCACAAUUGGCCUAGCGUCGUCCGGGUUAGGGUUUGGCCAGGGUAGGCCGUCAUUGUAAAUACGAAUUUGUUCUUAACUGACUUGCCUAGUUAAAAUUCAAAUAAAUAAAUAAAAGGAGACCGUUUUUGAUCAGUGGUGAAGGCUACAUUGUCUCAUGGGUGGAAUGGAAAUAAAGGAAAAUGGAGAUGCUACCUUUUCUAUAAUUUGAAAUACACACUCACUGACUCGCCACAGAUGCUGUGACCUGACUGUAAAUGGAACAGUCGACGCAUUGGAUCAUCCUGGAUCAUCCUGAAUCCUGAACAGAACACAAUGAACAUUGUGGACAGCUUUGCUUGAUUUCAGGACAAAGUCUCCUUUUACAUUAGGAUAUGUCUAAGCAACCAUGGCAAUGAAUUAGCUCUCUUUGAUUUCUCUCAGGACAAUUAGUUGGAUCAAUAGUGAAUAAAAUGUUAAACUUUUUCCUGACUGGAGGACCUACAGUAGGAUCCUUUGAGAACAAGCUUUGUUGUUUACGUGAUUUAUCAGCACUGCAUGGGUUGUGAGUUUGUGUGUACAUUAUACGAAUGUUUCCACAGUACUGUUUGUAUGGGUGUCACAACUUUGACGCGUGGUUAUAUUUGACUGAUUACACUGGAAGGAAUUAGUUUCUCUAUGCACCACUUUAUCCUGGAAUAACUAGUGUUGGGUUCUUGAAUGACAUAGUGAUAAAGAGAAACAAAUGUAGGGAAUUCUGAUUACUGACAUCAAUACUGCCAGAUCUCAUGUAAGGUACCAUUUUAAUAUUAUAACAUUUUCUGUUAUGCUUUGAUUUAGUUUGCUGUUAAUUGCUUUAGCAGUAAUAACUUCUAUACGAUGCUACUUUCAAAAUUGAGAAGCAGUGGUUCUGAACAGGAUAUUGUGUUCUUCGACAAUUGUUGUUAGAAUCACAACAACACAUGGUAGACACUAGACAGCAACGUAUGGCAUUUCCAUAGAUUGUUCCUAAUUUCUUUAUAGUGCUGCUGGUGUUGCGGUUGUGAGAACAGUUGAUGGUAACACUUGAGUUCACUGAGAAUAUCACUGGUUUUAGCAUCAAUGAUCACUUGUGUUCUUCAAUAUUGUGCCAUUAAAUCUCUCUGUGUUCUCAAAAUGUAUGUUACAAGUUUCCCUUAAAAUAAAAUUACUAUAUCAUUU